UCGGUCUUAGUCCACCUAAUCCAGCGCUCUUUCCACAGGGCCACUCUGCCUCACCUGUCAAAGGAGGGUGCUGAACUUGGAUAUUAGUUAAGGCAGUGACUGGAAAUUCUUUUUCUUUUCUUUCCUUUCUUUCUUUUGUUAAUCAGGCAGUCUCUUCUGCACCAUCCAGGUCAGAGCUAAGAAGUGUUCAGAAGCCGAGUCAUGGAUCAACCUACCCGUAAAGAAAAAUCCAAAGUUAAAGAACCUGUCAGCAGAGUUGAGAAGGCCAAGCAGAAAUCAGCCCAGCAGGAGCUGAAGCAAAGACAAAGAGCAGAGAUUCCACAGGUUAGAUUUUAUUGGUCCGACUCCAAAUUCCAGCUCAUCAUGAGCCCCAGUUCUUCCCAUGGAACCUUGGAGAGGAUGCUUCACCUCCCUACACUUCAGUGCCUCAGUUCCCCCUUGAAAAACGAGGGCGAUGAUAUCUACCUCACAAGAUUGUUACGAGGAACAGAAACGUGGUGUGUAAAGCCCUCAGCGCAGUGCCUGGCCCAGAGAAAGCCCUCAGUAAAAGGCAGCAAGGAACCAUGUGCUUCCCAGCAGAUCUAUGCCCUCAACAGAGUCAUGACGGAGCUGGAGCAGCGGCAGUUCGAUGAGUUCUGUAAACAGAUGCAGCCUCCUGCAGAAACUAGACAAGAAGCUGUUUGCAUUGUUCCUGGAUAAAUCUGAACUUCCGUACGUCCCUUCUGCUUCACUGGUUCCUUCAGUCUGAAUUGGCCCAAUGCUUGCUGAAGAGACUUGUUUUGUUCUUCUAAGACAAUAGAUUCUCUUUUUUUUAACCUUUUUCUAUUGUUUGAGAAAAAUCAGUGUUUCUCGUGAAACUGUAGCUCUUCUCCAAAAAUAUAAAUAAAAAGCUAAUAAAAUGUUCGUUUGCUCAGACUUUAGCUCGGGGUACCUAGCCAUAGAAAACGGAGUCAGAAAAAAUGUAAUAGGUAAGACAAGUUUGGGGUGAGCAGAGGGAACCCUUUCUCCUUCAGGAGGGAGUGGAAGGGAGGAGAUAAGAGAAAGGAUGUGAGCGUUUCCAGUUCUCAUUCUUCCUGGGGCCAAAGCUCGGCAAACCCAGCAGCUCCUAAGUUUUUAGCCUCAUGGGUAUAAAUAUGUGAGCCUCGAUUCCCCGAUGAGCCAGUACUCAGGGCAGAGGCCUGCAGCUAGGAUUCCUCUCAUCUUGUGACAGAUAGCCGCAGGCUGGUACCAGUGGGGAGACGCGUGCAGGUGCUUUUCGCUUUUCAUUCCAGGAGCUACUUUAUCAGGCCUAGAAGUUGGUUUGUGAUAGGAAUAUCCAGACCGGUUCCUCAAGAACCAUUCACCUACCCAUCCAUCCACCUGCCAUCUUUAAGUAUCAAAGUGUAAAAUUUCUGCCUCAGACAUUCGUAUCAGGAAUGGUGGGUCAUACUUCAGCUUUCACGAUAAAAGAGUUAAUGCUGAGCAAAAGCAGAACUUGUUCUUUCAGGGUAUUUCAUUUCCAGACAUUCCUGAGUAGGGAGAAGGGUGUCAGAAAGCAGAAUAUGUAUGGAAAUGAGGUAGACCUCUCAGGGCAAAGGAGCCAGACGCCACUACCCCCUUUACUCUCUACCCUAGAAAUGCCCAUGUUUUCCCCACUGGUGUUGGGAUCAUCUCAAGCCAUCCCCAUCUCCUCUUUGUCUCCCUGCUGCCUCAGAAGUCACUGAGAAUUCUGUUCCCACUGCUGUAGCUUGUUUUAGGAGUAAACUGGGCCAUAAUGGGGUAUGAGGAACUUGCUACCACUGUGGAGAAUGUGUUCUUGAGAGCCUAAGUUAUAGCUAAGGAUACUCUCUACAAAGAUUAUCCCCAUAAGUUGUAAUUAGAGUCUAUGGUGUCCUGCCAAAUUUGGAUUGGGGAUUAUUUGGUUUUGUUUUUUGGAGGCGUUGGGGUUUGGAGUGAGCUAUUAUAAACCUAUAAGAAUGCUGUAGUAUACUACAAAGAGCACAGUUUUUGGACUCAAAUGACCUGGGGUCAAGUAGCAAUUCUACUACAUUAGAUAAGUUAUUAGCCUCUGAGCCUCACUUUUUCCAUCUGUGUGGUGGAAUAUUUUCUUCCUGUCAGGGUCAUUUGUUGGAGUAAUAUAUGAGAUAAUGUAUGUAAUAGAUCCUCAGUAAAUGUCACCUCCCUUCCCAACCACCUUGUUUCAUGGGAAAUGUUCCAAAUUUCAAAUAACCAAGUAAUGCGUAAGCAUCAGUUGGAAAGAUUCUGAUCCUUAGUUGAGAACUGCCUGUAUUAACAAGUCUCAGCCCUAGAUCUAUUCCAUCCUAGAGAAGUCCUCUAGGAUUGCAGUUUUUCAAACUGCAGGUGGUUGUAAAAUCAGUUUAAUAAAUUAUGACGGGCUUUUUUUUUUAAUGAAACAACAGAUUAAAAUUAUCAUGUGGUAAAGAUAUUAUUUCAUGAAGCUUUUGUUUCAGGUUUAUGUAUAUUUAUGAAAGAGUCUACUGCAUUGGAGGUAAAAGUUCUCUAUUCUAUGGGUUGUGGCAAAAAAAAAAAAGUUUGAAAUGUGAGGGAUGUGUGAACAAGGCAGGACUGGGUCAUCUUUUUAUUCACAAUUUAAAGCGAAAGAAGUUUCAUCUGCCUCAGGAAGGGCUGCAGGAGCCUUUGCGUCCAUAACUGGAAUAGCAUUCAAUGCUAAGGCUCUUGCAAGCAUAAUCAGGGAAAACGAGGAGCACCUCCUUUCUGCUUCCCUACCUGGAAUUCCCUAACCCUGAUGUGAUCUACUCCCGGUUUUUCAGAGGUAAGAGAUAUUUUUGGAGCUCUGCAUCAAAAAAUUCAUGAUGAGAACUGACUUUUGAAGUCAGGCUGCCUGGGUUUGACUCUUGGGUCCACCACUUUACACCACUUACAUCACACACCACUAACGUAUGAACACUGGGCAAGUUUUAACCUCCCUAAGUCAGUGAGUUUCAGACAUUUUAGUCUCAGACUUCUUUAUCCUCUAAAAAUGGAGGACCCCAAAGAGCUUUUGUUUUUGUUAUUUAUGUUAACCUGUAGUAGGUUUUUACUGUUUUAAAUAAAUCAAUAUUUUCAAACAAAUUUUUUGUGAAAAAAAUUUUCUUUUUUUAAAAAUUUUUUAUUUAAAUUCAUUUAAUUAACAUAGAGUAUAUUAUUAGUUUCAGAGGUAGAGGUCAGUGAUUCAUCAGUCUUGUAUAACACCCAGUGCUCAUUACAUCAUGUGCCCUCCUUAAUGUCCAUCACCCAGUAACCCCAUCCCCCUACCCCUCUCCCCUCCAGCAACCCUGUUUGUUUCCUAUGAUUAAGAGUUUCUUAUGGUUUGUCUCCCUCUCUGAUUUUGUCUUCUUUUAUUUUUCCCUCCCUUCCCUUAUGAUCUUGUUUUAUUUCUUAAAUUCCAUAUAAGUGAGAUCAUAUGAUAAUUGUCUUUCUCUGAUUGACUUAUUUCGCUUAGCAUAAUACCCUCAAGUUCCAUCUACGUCAUUGCAAAUAGUAAGAUUUCAGUUUCUUGAUGGCUGAGUAGUAUUACAUUGUAUAUAUAUAUAUAUACCACAGCUUCUUUAGCCAUUCAUCUGUCGAUGGACAUCUCGGCUCUUUCCACAGUUUGGCCAUUGUAGACAUUGCUGCUAUAAACUUUGGGGUACAGGUGCCCCUUCGGAUCACUACAUUUGUAUCUUUGGAGUAAAUACCCAGUAGUGCAAUUGCUGGGUCAUAGGGUAGCUCUAUUUUCAACUUUUGGGGGAACCUCCAUACUGUUUUCCAGAGUGGCUGCAUCAGCUUGCAUUCCCACCAACAGUGUAGGAGGGUUCCCCUUUUUCUGCAUCCUUGCCAACAUCCAUUGUUUCCUGACUUGUUAAUUUUAGCCAUUCUGACCGGUGUGAGGAGGUAUCUCAUUGCAGUUUUGAUCUGUAUUUCCCUGAUGCCGAGUAAUGUGGAGUGUUUGUUCAUGUGUCUGUUGGCCAUUUGGAUGUCUUCUUUGAAGAAAUGUCCAUUCAUGUCUUCUGCCCAUUUCUUGAUUGGAUUAUUUGUUCUUUGAGUGUUGAGUUUGAUAAGUUCUUUAUAGAGUUUGGAUACUAGCUCUUUAUCUGAUAUGUCAUUUGCAAAUAUCUUUUCCCAUUCUGUCGAUUGCCUUUUGGUUUUGUUGACUGUUUCCUUUGCUGUACAAAAGCUUUUUAUCUGAAGUCCCAGUAGUUCAUUUUUGCUUUUGUUUCCCUUGCCUUUGGAGAUGUGUCUAGCAAGAAGUUGCUGCAGCUGAGAUCACAGAAAUUGCUGCCUGUGUUCUCCCCUAGCAUUUUGAUGGGUUCCUGUCUCACAUUUAGGUCUUUCAUCCAUUUUGCGUGUAUUUUUGUGUAUGGUGUAAGAAAAUGGUCCAGUUUCAUUCUUCUGGAUGUGGCUGUCCAGUUUUCCCAACACCAUUUGUUGAAGAGACUGUCUUUUUUCCAUUGGAUAUUCUUUCCUGCUUUGUCGAAGGUUAGUUGACCAUAGAGUUGAGGGUCCAUUUCUGGGUUCUCUGUUCUGUUCCAUUGAUCUAAGUGUCUGUUUUUGUGCCAGUACCAUACUAUCUUGAUAAUUACAGCUUUGUAAAUAUAGAUUGAAGUCCGGAAUUGUGAUGCCACCAGCUUUGCUUUUCUUUUUCAACAUUCCUUUGGCUAUUCAGUGUCUUUUCUGGUUCCAUAUAAAUUUUAGGAUUAUUUGUUCCAG